AUGGCACCCGUAGGGAUAAUGGCUCAACUCAAGAGUUUAUACUCGAAGCAGGAUGAACCUGCCCUGUCAGAAUACACGGUUGCUUUUUUAUCUGUCCUUCUCACACUACUCUACGUGGUACCAUUCUAUCUCUCCCCAACAACCCGACCAUCCCCAAGUCUGAGUCGCGAUGCCCCAUCUGUGAUUCGCGCCCGCAUCCGCGCAGUCACGGGCUCAUGUAUCGUGAGUUCAGUGCUAGUCCUCUGGCUCAUUGUCAAGGGGGAUAAUUCCUCCCUCGGCGCCGGUGUCAGACUCCUCGGCUGGUGGCCCGUCGGCCUGCUGGAGACGCUGCGGAGUCUUUUCCUAACCGCCAUUCUGUUCCUGGGCCCGCUCUUCGAGCGUGGUAUUGUCGAGGGCGAGUGGAAGUUCUGGUUUCGUCCUAGUAGCCUCUCUGCGAGUCUGGGUGGCUGGAUUGGCUGGAGGAAUUAUGUCGCAGGCCCCUUCACAGAAGAAGUCAUGUUCCGAUCCGCAAUGGUCCCGCUACAUUUACUAGCACACACCUCGCCGGGUCGAAUCGUGUUCCUGGCGCCGCUGUAUUUCGGCAUUGCGCACGUGCACCACUUCUACGAAUUCCGUCUGACCCACCCGGACACGCCGGCUCUGGCCGCGCUACUCCGGUCGCUCUUCCAGUUCGGCUACACGACUAUCUUCGGCUGGUAUGCGACGUUCAUCUAUCUGCGGACGGGCUCCUUGCUGGCCGUUGUUCUCAUCCAUAGUUUCUGUAACUGGUGUGGACUGCCGCGGUUCUGGGGUCGUGUUGAGGCUGUUGAGACUAUUAGUCCCCCUGUGACUCGGGGUAAGGAGGAUUCCGAUGAUGAUGAUGUCAACAUUGGGGUGAGUAGUGGGGGGUUGGGCGUUCGGUGGACGGUUGCUUAUUAUGUGCUUCUUGUUGCUGGGGCGGUUGGUUUUGCUCAGGGGUUGUGGCCUUUGACUGAGUCUUAUGGGGCUCUGGUUUCGUUUUCGGGGAAGUCGAAUUAG